CUUCAAUGUACACCCUCAAGUGUAGUGCGUCCAGCCAUUUUUUUUUCAUACUUCCUCAUUAUCCAACUGUGCUGCGUGCACUGUGCAGGACUUUCUUCAUCAGGGUUGGUUGUGUAAGAGGACUCUCCCAAAACAGACCUACCAAAAUGGCCAGCUACAACCAAGGUUAUGAAAGUUUUUGAUUUUUCAUGAGUUCGAAUUUACUUUAAAAUUCAGUCAGUUUUAAUUAGCUUUUAGACUAAUGAGGUGACAGUGGGCAAAGAUGUGUGGCGCAACUUCUGUUUUUUUUUUUUUUAUGGUAUUUGUUUUUUUUUCGUCACACGCCCCGGCCACACAUCCGCGUCCUGUCAUGGAAAGGUUUACAGCUUCAUGCUCAGUGGCUCUGGAAGGGACAUCACCCUCUUAAGUUACUUUCUGCAAUCAUCAAAAGGAAUCACCGGCACCGACACCAGCUCAGGCAGGAAAGAGCUCACCAACAGGGAAAAAAGAAAGAAGAAAUAAAACAAGUCGGUCUCUGGUAUCUGUGCGCCAAUGGAGUCUGAAACAGCGAGGAGGCUCACAAAGAAGAGACUUCUGCUUCUGGCUUUUGUCGUGAUCAUUCCUUUGUACACUUUUUGUGGCUGGAUGUCAAAGUUCCAGUUUCCAAAACCCCCUAUACCCACACAUUUCAAGUCGAGCCAUGAGAGGAACCUCACCACUGUCCUGCUGUGGUCCUGGCCUUUUGGGUCACAUUUUAACCUGGAUGGGGACGUCUGCCAGAAGCUCUACCACAUUCCACGCUGUCUACUUAUCAGCCAGAGAUUGCAGUUUUCCACGGCUGACUUUGUGGUGUUUCAUAACAGAGAGCUGAUGCAUGGGGAGAAACUACCUCUUCACCUGCCAAGACCUCAGGGUCAGAGAUGGGUCUGGAUGUCCCUUGAGUCUCCGCCUCACAAUGGAAACGUGAAACAAUAUGUAAAUAUCUUCAACUUGACCAUGUCCUACAGAAGGGAUUCAGAUAUCAGCAUCCCCUACGGUGAGUUAGUGCCAAACCCAAACCCUGGAAAAGACUUGGAUUUGGACCUCCUUGAGAAUAAAACCCAUCUGGCCUGUUGGCUGGUCAGUAACUACAGGACCGGCCACAAAAGGACAGCAGUGUAUCAACAAUUGAAAUCCAUGGUUCCUAUCAAAGUCUACGGACGUUGGUCAGGAAAUCCACUCUCACCUUCUGAGAAGUUGCCGACACUACAACGCUGCUGGUUCUAUUUGGCGUUUGAGAACUCACAGGCCAAAGAUUAUAUCACAGAGAAGUUGUGGGAUAAUUCGUACCUGGCUGGAACGGUGCCGGUGGUGCUGGGGGCACCUUUGGCCGACUACAAAGCCGUGGCACCGCCUCAUUCUUUCAUCCACGUUGAUGAGUUUGCAUCGCUGAAGGACUUGGGAGAAUAUCUCAAGGAACUAGUCAAGGAUAAAAAACGCUACAGAGAAUAUUUUAAUUGGAGGAAAGACUGGAAGGUUACGAUGAACAAAGACUGGAGAAAAAGACUCUGUACGGUCUGUUCAAAACAGGACAGCUUCCCUAAAUACAAGGUUUACUCAGACCUAGACGCGUGGAGCGCCCAAGAGCAUCAAUAGCAAGGACACCCAAACUUUCACUGCAUUGCACUUGUUCUUGAUGGUUUCUGUCACUACAAGCAGCUUAUCUUUAAAGAAAUCAGAAAAUCAGAAAGCAGAAAUGGAAUCCUCACCUGAAAGCUAUUGAGGUGCCCAGAUUAAGUAAAAAAAAAAAAACUGACCUGGUUGGUGCUUUUUAAUUUUGCACAUUUUAAUAUCUACUUUGUGGUGCAAUGUUUUGGUAGAGGUUUUCUUUCACUGUAAACGGUUCAUGUGCAUCAUCAGAAAUAAGACAAUUAUUUUUGUAUAUUCCACUCUGUUUGUCAUUGGGUGGGUCUACCUUUAAAGUAGGGAUGUUCCAUAAACGUAUUACAUUACAAAAACGGAAAUAUCUCAACUAUGGCACCUGACUCACAAGACCUCAACCCUUCGUCAUCGAAUUGUACAAGAAAUUAGGUGGUGAAACGGGCGUCAACAUAAUAAACCCUCAUGAAAAUAGUUUCUCCUUGUGAAAAUGAAAAUGUGACUAGUGGCCAAAAUGAUCUCUGUUCAGAUAAGCACUUCUCGUAAGUCACACAAGUCAUGGACGGAAGUGCAAGAUUUUUGUAGCAGCAAGAUACACUUAGCAGGGCAGAUUCGUUCACAAGAUUGGGCUUUCCGUGGAAAUAGAUGUUUCAUGUGUCACCAAAAUUGUUUUCAAAACAUGAAGUGUUAUUUAAUCCGUAUGGUUGUGGGUGUGUAGAUUGUGGAAUUGCCAUUCCCACGUCAUUCUUCACUUGAUUUCACUCGUAAAUAAAGGCGUUUUAACAGUCAACAUGUGAUGUCAUUGGUGUCUGCUCCUGACUCUCCACACUCCUCUGAGUCCUCAUAAUUGAUGUUUCUUAAAAAAAAACGGAUCACUGAAGAGCCUAAUAUGGAAGUGUCCAAGGGAUGAUCUCAAAUGUAAUGUUUUAUAACAUUACACAACACAACAUAUAAAGGAGCGAUGUUUGGGCCAAAAUAGUGGUUUACUAUGGAGCCUCCCUGUGGCAUUUUCUGGGUCAUCUACAUGGCUGGGCAUUUGUUCAUAUAUUUAAGUGUGGAUUUUGUCACCAAGGUUCACUUGUUUGAGUCAUGCUUCUUAUUGAAGGAAGAAUAGAUCCAAACAGGGU